AUGGCGAGGACAGAGCGACUUUUGCGAGGCGCUAUUUUCUGGCUAGUAGCGGUCAGCGUCUCCAUCGCUGCCUCGCCCACAGACGCGGACUUUGCGUCAACGUCGCGGAGGCCGCUGCAGCAGCAGUCCGGCCGGAGAACGGCAGAGAAAGCGACUCUUGGAAGUUUGCGGCCGGCUGAAUCCUCUGGCUACUCCACGGCGAGCGGCCACACGGCGGCAGCGCCCUCUUCGCCUCGAGGCUACAAGAGCCACGGCUUCUACGACGUCUACCAAGGUUACGACAAGGGCUUCUCGGACAUCAUCUACUGGGUGCCCCUGAUCAUCAUCUUUGGCGCCGGCAUCAUCUUCCUGCCGGUGCUGGGAGCCCUGUUCGCCACGUUCGCCGCCGGAACGGCAGGCGCUGCGGUCAGCACGACCGUGGCUGGUCGCCGGAGGCGCCGCCGGGACCUCCCGUCGCUCGAAGCCGUCCUGGACACUCUCGGCGCCCUCGAAAAGGCGAUCGAGAAGUUCCGGAGCCUAGAGGGCGCAUCUUAACCCGAGGACAAGAAUGGAACUCCGGCUGCAGGCACAGCCGAUGGCCAGUUGACGAAGUCUAGACGGCGAUGCAUUGGAAAGCCCCAGAGACCCCUUGUGAAAGUAUUGCGUGGUCGCCGGUGUUAACAGUGGUUCACGGCGUCAAUUUUGUGUUUUGUUUUGUUUUCAACGAGCGCUCAGAGUAUCCGUCGGUUCUCUUGAAAUUUGCUGCAGUCAUAUGAAGCCAAUAGACAAUGACGGAAAUGAAGGCUUCAGGGAAAUUGACUGUUCUUUUAGUUGAUAUGUACAAACAACAAGGAAUUGGCGAAUCAAGGGGCACGAGUAGACAGUCUGCAGUCCGUUGGAGCUGCACUCACUUGUUUCGCUUUU